GCAAAGGUGUCAUCCUGACGCUCGGCCGUGACUCACGGGACAACGCCCGCCCCCCGUCUGGAGUGCAGCACAGAAGGAAAUGGACGCGUCGUGUCUCUCCCGGGAUUUUUUCUUUUCUUUUCCAACUUGACUGGAGCGGCCGCGAAGCAGCAGCAGGGGUUGUCUCCCGGUGGAGUCGGCGACACCGAGCCUUCUCGUCUCUUUGCGUUACCUUUCCGCCCGCCUUCGCCUCUUCCCAUGGAUCGUCGACGCGCGCCUCUGUGUUUGGCGCUCCUGUGGAUCGUCGCGCAGAUGCUGGUGGGCUCAGAGUCGGUGAUGAUGACCAUACAAGGGAACACCACUGUCACCAUUGCCUCUGCAUCCCCCAGCAGUAAAUGCGCCAUAUGCAUUACAACUAAUGGCAAGCAGGCCUGCACUUCCAACAUCACCCUCGCCUCGGGCCCAAACAGGACAUUUGAAUUCAACUGCACACAGCCACAGGAUUUCUUCAACGUAGAGAUCAUCAGGAGUAUAAAUUGCAGCUCUAAUUCAUGUGCUUCUGAUGUCGCUGAACUGCUCUCCUUAGAUUUCCCAAAGUUCAACAGGACCUUGGUUUGGAUGAUCAAGGUUUCUCCUCAAAGGUCACUUGUGUUGAAUUUCCCAGGAACUGGCAUGAGCCAAAUAAACCCUUUGGAGAACUGCAAAGAUCAGAUGACUUACACCAUCCUGACAAAAACAAAUUACAACCCGACAAGUAUUGGCACAUUUUGCAGGCAAGGUGCCAUUUCUAAAAUAAAUGUCAUGAAUGAAACGAAGCUGUACCUCAGAAUCCAGGGCAAGGAAAAAGUGAAUCAAUCAGGGUUUACCAUCGAGAUCACAAAGUCAAUCAAACGGCUUGGUAUUGUUGAAGUGGUUUUGUCACCAGGUUUGACCUACGAGUUUCUUUCACCCAACUACCCCCAGAGUUUCCCUGAUGACGACCUGAUGUCCUGGAAUUUUGGUGUCCCUCAAAAACACAAUGCCACAAUCCAGUUUCUAAAUUACAGUCAGCCUGAAUGUGAGAAGAAGAGCGUAGCAGUAGAAUAUGGUCUGCCAGGUACACCGACUAUUUCCAAACCAUUGACAGACAUUUGGCAAAAUCCUAUUUCUGGAAACUUUAACAUGUCUCUUCGGAACUGUGAAGUGACACCCAAUGACCCUGGGAUUCUCAACUUGCAAUUUCAAGUGCAGGUCUCCAAUACCAGCUUACCGGCACGCUAUACUGUUGACCUACAGAAAGAGUAUGGAAUGCUUUUGAAAAUAAAGCAGAAGAAAUUAAACCGAGACUGUCAGAUCUGCAUCUCUACAGACUGUCAAUCAGAAAUUACUCUGCAGUCAGGCAACAUUACAGAUGUACUCAUUCGUGACUGCAAUAUAGAACAUCUUGGUAUGGAAAUUAAUAAAGUCAUAGGAUGUGACGACUUUCAAAACUGCAGUGUUAUUAAUAUGCCUCUCACCGUACCAACAGUUCUAGCCAACCUGCCCUUCUCCCUGGAAAGUUUUACCUGGCAGGUUUUGGCUCCUGAUAAUGGUGCCGUGGAGUUGGUACCCAGCAAAGGCAAAUUACAACAGCUACUACCUGGACAGAAGUGCAGUGGGACCUUCUAUUAUAAACUCGUAAAGGCAGACCAAUCUGUGAUGGGCAGCUUUUGUUCUCAAGGGUCAAUUGAAAAAGUUCAGAUCCACUCUAAUAUCUCUGUGGUUCUGCUGCCAGUGGAGAAGGGAAAUGCCAGUGAAGCCAUGGAUCCAACUUUUAAUGUUUCUAUUGGAAAUGAGAUUGCUGAAAGCUACAUUUUCACAGUUUCCCCAGAUAAGGAGCUUCCAGUCUACCUAGUGAGCCCACAUUGGCCUGCAGGGAUGCCCUCCCUGGCGUCCGUCUCCUGGAAUAUAUCUCUUCCUCCAAAGACACAGGCUGAGCUCCAGUUCUUCAAUACCACAAGGCCGGAGUGUGUAAAGGGUCAUGCAGUAAUCGGCAUCAUGGGUCAUAACUCUAAAGAAGAAGAACUGAGCUUCCGAGAAGAUGUCACCCUCCCGGGAUCGGUGACCAUGCUGCAGAGUUUCUGGCUGAAUAUUACCAAUUGUGAAAGUUUAGGUCGCAGACAUGUGCUUAGAGUGGGGAAUGCGAUCAUUGUAAAAAGUCAAGACAAUACCAAGAAAAUCAUCAUCAGUGCAGUCUGUGCUGCUUUGGCAGUUGUGGCUAUAAUUACAACUGCCUGCUGUGUUUCAAAAAGAAGGCUGAAGAAGCGCAGAGAGCCCAAAGUUUCGAUCUAUAACCCAGGUGGGAACAUGUUUUAUCCAGGACAAGGAAAAUUUCCCAAAGGAAGAAAGGAUAAUGAAUCGCACAUUUAUGCUGACAUUGAUGAAACCAUGAUUUAUGGCCACCUCCUUAGAGACACUGACAGCUCAACCAUUCCCGAGGUGGAUGUUUACCGGCCUUUUAUUGGGUCAGGUGGGGAUAUGCCCCCUACUCCUCCUCCUGUAGUUACACGAGGGUUGCCUACCCACAUUGGCUCCAGCAAAAUGGUAGAUAAUGAGCUGUACACUUUCAACCAGCAUAAGCAGAAGAGCAUCCCACAGGGCAACGGAGAUGGACCUGCACAGAUACUUACCGAGGGAGAAGGUGACGAAUCCUUGGAAGUGGAAAAUGACUGUGAAAAUGAGAAGGAAGAGUCAAAGUUGUAGAGACGAACAAGGAAGUCUGACUCCAUGUUAACUGUGUGCUACUGCACUGAUAGACAAAUAAGGUGGUCCAGAAGACCACUGGCACGUAUGUGUGCAGAUAUCCGUCCUUCAAAAGAGCUAAAGCUCUGAGAGAAGCUGCAGAGUAAUGCAAUGUCAAGAAUGAGAGCACCGGGGAUUUGGGCCAAAGAAAUGUUUACACAGUUUGUGGAUACUCGUUAUAAUUGGCAGUUGUGCCCGCUUGUCACCUCUACACCUUUUUUUUGUUUUUAUUUUAAAUAUAUAUUUUUGUAAGUAAAGUAAGAGAAAUGGUUUAAGGUGCAAACAUUGUAACCAAAGGCAGCUUAAUGAAGAAAGAAGAUAGAUUAACGAAAAGAUGGACCUAAAGACAAAUGAAAGGAAAUAAACCAUCGACAGAGAUGAGCUUAAUGCAGGACUAAAGGUGUCCGUCAAAUAUGUAAUCCAAUCUUAAAUUAUGAAAGUGCACAUAUGACAUUAAUGUGUUAUUGUGCCACAUGGGCUGUUCAUGCAGGUCAGUUGUGUGUCCGUCAUAGAAGAGUCUGAGCUGCCAUCUCAUGAGAGGGACUUCCUGAAGCCCAAAAACAACAUUCAUUUUCUUAGUGUCACUCCUCGCAGACAAGUCCAUACGGGAGGCCGGCCAGCCCAACGUUGACCUCUUUAUAAAAGUGUCGGCUUGUUUUUGUUGGGCCCUGCUGGAAAGUGAAUGUCCUGCGUGACUCCACUAUUACAGUCAUGAAAACCGUGUUGGUGGUUCACUGAGCUUUAAAGCUUUACAUUUAUUUCAGUUGGUAGUGCCUGCCUUAUGGAAAUCAGCGUAGUAAAUGAGUUCUGCUUAUCGACUGUCAGGUAAUUCUCUAUCUGCUCUGGCUACUUGCUGUGUGUGUGUGUGUGGAAGGUGUUUUCAAUGUGGACCAAAUGACACUGGAGUUUAGUUAUCCAUUUUUAUAAAGAGAGUGGCUCAUUUUACACCUAGACCCUGUUACAGUGACAGGAGAUAUUUAUUAGACCUGACAAUCUAAAUUCCAAAUGAAAAGAAAUAAUAAAAAAGGAGCGAGGCCUGCUUAGAAACGUCUCUGUUCGUGUUUUACAGAACCAAACAUGUCUGGAACCGACUGCUGGGUAAAUUGUUGGAGUGCCCUGACGUCUGUCUUCGUAAUGAACGCUAGUGUUGUGCUUUCUGGUAAAAUGCCGACUGUGCCAUCAGAGUGCCACGCUUAUUCUCUGCUACUUUACCAUGUGGUGUGGAGCCUGGGGGGGGCUUCACUCUUUUGGCUGUUAACAAAGCAGCUGCUUUGGAAUGAACAUGUAUGGGUGUUCAUGCUUUUUGUUUUUUUUUUUGAUUAUACAGAAUAUUUAAAUGUUUCAUAUUUUUUAAACUGAAUGUUUGUUGUAUGUAUAUAUAAAGUAUGAGAAUGCUUUUACAGUCCAACAUUUACCGAGGGUUGGAUGGUUUUAAGACUUGUGGUAGAUCUUGCUAAAUGUGUAUGUUGUUGCCUUUCAGAGUAACUUAUUAUUGUUGUACAGAGUGCCUUUUCUAAAUGUGUUUAAUACCCUAAAAAUAAACUGCCUCACGGUCA